ACACGAACAGGAAGUAAACACCUGUCACCUGACUUUUCAAAAGUUACUUCUAACUUUAUGAUAGCCACCUAACAUCCUUUUCAGUUUGCUGUAUCAUAUUGGCGCAUGUUUCAUUCACCCAGUCGGCCACAAUUGACGUAAUCUGUCCGUUUCUCACAAUGGCCAGUUCGUUUCAAGAUGCAUCGGCGCUCGUAGCGGAGGCUCGCCGUCUUUAUGGGCAGAUGUUCGGGGAGGAGGCUCCUCAGGUGGCGGUGUGUGCUCCUGGAAGAGUCAACCUGAUAGGGGAACACACGGACUACAAUCAAGGAUUUGUGCUUCCUAUGGCACUUCCCUUGGUGACUGUGGUGGUAGGGAGUCGAACCUCUGGCCAGGAUGUUACUAUAGCAACAGCAACUGGGGAUGCUGACGAGCCUCACAGAGUGAACUUCAGCCUGUGUAGUGAUGGAUCAACGCUGGCUCCAGGGUUACCCAGCUGGGCAAACUAUGUGAAGGGGGUUAUACAACAUUAUAGAGCAUCUCCUGUCCCAGGAUUCAGGGCGGUGAUAGCCAGCAGUGUCCCCCUGGGAGGAGGUCUGUCCAGCUCCGCCUCGCUGGAGGUUGCCUUCUACACAUUCCUGCAACAACUCAAGCCAGAUGAUGGAGACAAGGUGUCCAAAGCUCUGGCCUGUCAGAAGGCAGAACACACUCAUGCUGGCGUACCGUGUGGCAUCAUGGACCAGUUUGUGUCUGUUCUCGGCAGAGAGAGCCACGCUCUGCUCAUUGACUGCAGGUCUCUGGAGGCCACCCCCAUCCCCCUGACGGAUCCCGGCCUGGUCAUCCUCAUCACCAACUCCAAUGUGAAACACUCUCUGACCGGCAGCGAGUACCCUGCGAGACGCAGACAGUGUGAGGAGGCCGCCUCCAUCCUGGGGAAGGACAGUCUCAGAGAUGCUACCAUGAAAAACCUGGAGGAUGCAAAAGACCGAUUGGAUGAUGUGACUUAUCGCAGAGCUCGUCAUGUGAUCGAGGAGAUAGAGAGAACCGUCCAGGCUGCUGAAGCUCUGAAGAGAGGAGCCUACGAAGAGUUCGGGAAGCUUAUGGUGGAGAGCCACGACUCCCUGAGAGACCUUUACGAGGUGAGCUGCAGGGAGCUGGAUGAGCUGGUGUCUGCAGCCAUGGAAGUGGAGGGCGUGUUUGGAAGCAGGAUGACAGGUGGAGGAUUCGGGGGGUGCACUGUGACGUUGUUGCAGGCCAACGCCAUCGACAGGAUGAUUCUCCACUUACAGGAGCGAUACCGAGGAACCCCGACGUUCUAUGUGACGACUCCUUCAGAGGGAGCUCGAGUUCUCAGUCUGUCCUGAUCUUUGUCUUCACAUCUCCGCUCUUAAACCACAACGGGUCCACUCCUUUUGAAAGGCUUUUGUAUCAAAAUUUGUUCUUCACUACUAAAAUCAAAUGAUGUUAUGCAGAUGGAAGCUGAUUGAAAAGCAUUUUUUUCAAUGUGAAAAAAAUGCCUCCACUGUGAAAUGUGCCUUUCUCUGCUUGUAAAAUGAUGAUGUACUUGCACUCGGGGAAUCGGGGAAUAGUGGAAAAAAAUGUAUGUAAUAUCCAUUUGACUUCCAUUAAAUAUAUCAUGUUGGGAAAA